CCUCCUUCCUUUCAGAGAAAGACUCCAUUGCCGUCCACUUCUAUAUCUUCUCUCAUUCAAACAGAUUCUUUCAAUACACAGAGGAAGAGAGAGGGAGGGAGAGAGAAGAGGGGAGGCAUUGGGGUUGUUCCAUUUAGAGUUAUCAGCAUUUCUGAUCAGAGAGACGGAGGGAGUCGUUUAGUUUUAAGGGCUAUUAGCAUUGAUAGAGGUUCUUAGAUCGAGAGACAGUAGCAUUGAUAGAGGUUCUUAGAUCGAGAGACAGCCAGAGAGAGAGGCACUUGAGUUUCUCCCAUUUAGAGCUACCAGGAUUUCUGAUCGGAGGGACAGAGAGAGGUGUUUACUGUUUAGUUUCUCCAUUUAAGGGCUGCCCACAUUUCAGAAUCUUAGAUCGAGAGAGAGAGAGAGGCAUUUGAGUUUGUGCCAUAGUGCUAUCGGCAUUUCUGAUCAGAGAGACAGAGAGGCGCCAUUAGUUUCAUCGUUUAAGGGCCGUUGGCAUUUCUGACUCAGAGAGAGAGAGAGAUGAGGAAUCUUGUAUUCUUACUGCCAUUGAUGCUCUGCUUCUUGUCGGUGAAGUCACAGGAGACGUGCAGCUCCAACCUUGCGCUCUCGGAGUUGGCCUCCUACAACCUCGCAUCCUUCCGCUGUGCCUCCGUCUGGGGCGGCCAGAACUUCAUUCUCAGAUACAAUCAAACCGGACCGAGCCUAUGGACCUUUGUAUUGUCGGCGCCGAACACGAAUGCCUGGGUCGGGAUGGGUUUCUCCAAGACUAGAAGAAUGGGAGGUGCGAGUGCGAUCAUAGGCUGGCCAGCGGCAAGCGGCGGCGGUGUGAUCAAGCAAUACAUGUUGAGUGGGUACAGCACGGACAAGGUCCUGCCGGACCAAGGAAGCCUGAGCCUAGCCAACUCGACCAUCGUUUCCAAGUCAAGUAGGCUCUAUCUGGCGUUCCAGUUGAAGGUGGACACACCCUUAUCAGGGAUUAUCUACGCGGUGGGUCCCGACGGCGCGAUCCCCUCAUCCAAUAGCCUUCUUCAGGAGCACGUCGCUUACACAUCCGCUAGCCUUGACUACACAACAGGGCAAACUUCUGGUGGGGCGACAUCUUCACCACUGAAGACAAGCCAUGGACUGCUCAAUAUGUUCGCGUGGUGCAUAAUUAUACCACUGGGGAUCAUAGCAGCAAGAUACUGCAAGUCCUGCGAUCCAGCAUGGUUCUACACCCACCUUGCUCUCCAGAUAACCGGUUUUGCGCUUGCGAUUGCCGGAAUUGUAACCGGGAUCAGUCUCGAAGAUCAAGUCGGACAAGAUGUCGAUGAUCACAAGGCCCUCGGAUUCGUAGUUCUUGCUAUGGGAUGCUUACAGGUAACUGCACUAUUGGCUCGACCAGACAAAUCUUCAAAGGUAAGGAAGUACUGGAACUGGUACCACCACUGGGUUGGGAGGAUUGCAAUCGCCAUUGGUAUUGGUAACACCUUCUAUGGAAUCUCACUGGGAGGGGAUGGUUCAUGGAACAUAGGCCUGGGCAUUGCUAUUGGCGUCUUGGGCCUGACAGCCAUGAUCAUGGAAGUCAGAAAGCGCAUGAGAAAAUGAUGAUGGAAAGGUUUAUUUCUGUGUUCCUUCCAUCUAUUCCUCACCACCACCAUCUUCCAUCGUCCUCACUUUUUCCAUCAGACUUUGCUUGUCACUUUUUUGUAUUGUUUUUUUCUCUUUUUUCAGACCUUUUUGUACCAUCUUUUUGCCGAUUAACACCAUUAGUUUUGCUGUA